GAUCAGAAGCAUCAACAAUUGCCACUCCAGCAACAUGAACAGUCACAACAGCAACAUUUGGUGAAGUUUAUUGGCGUUGACGAAGUCACGACAAGUGUUGCGCCAUCACAAUUACCGUUUGGUAAACUACGAGGUUUUCAUCAUCACGAUCCACAAAAAUGGAGAGAGUUCUUCUUGCAAUUGGAACCUUUUCAGAGUCAAUGUUCAGCAGCUGGUCAACGUUUAGUCGCAGCUAUGAGUGAUAUUCGUACUGCUGACCUGCAAGGGUUACCAACACGACGUCAAUUGUAUGCUCAGCAUAGAGCACUAAGCCGUGCCAUAAUGGAUUCCGAAUUGCAUAAUCUGAGAAAAUGUGGCUCAUUGACGUUAGCACGUCUGCAGGAGUUAGCCAAAUCCAUCAAUAUGAGCCAAAUUGACAGUUGUAAUAAAAAUACCACGAAAAAUAACUGCAGUAGCAAUAGGAUUAAAACCAACAAUGUUAACAAGAUGUUGUCGACAGCAACAUCGAUCAUUAGCAACACUUAUAGCUUUAGUAACAAUAGUCACAUAAGUCACAAUUCGGUCAACACCAAAAUAAAAAGUUCAGCAUUGUCAGGAGAAGACAACAACAAAUCAGUCUCAUCAGCAACAUCAGUUGUGGAAGCAUCAACGAUAGCAAAGAACAACAAUAGUUACACAAACAACAACGUUAGCAAUUGCAACCAUAGUAACGAUAACAGCAAUAGCAACAUUGAUGUUGCAAUUAGAGUACAAAAAGUUGCUUUGUUAUUCAAUGAGGUCGAUCGAGCAUCGAAGCGCUUGGAGCAGUUAACGGAACAACGUCGUGAAAGAUUGCGAGAAUUGACACGCCAACGUGCGCUGGAAGAUGAAGUCAAUGAG